AUGGCUCUGCUUCAGCAUCCCCCGCUGCCGCUGCUGCUGCCGCUGCUGCUGCUGCUCGUCGCUGAACGUGUCGAAACUCGCUCCUCGCCCAUAUCGGACUUGAAAUCCAAAAUUUCAGGGGUGGAGGAGCUCUUGGAGGAAUUCCGCAAGCAGCUCCAGCAGGACCAGGCGUACCGGGUCGGCGACGUGAUCGACUCCUGCGUGGGCGACUUCAACGCGGUCGGGGAGCGCAUCAUCCGGGCCAAGGCCUCCAUCGAGCAGGGGGCCACGUUCCUGCUGGCCCCGGACCGGGUGUUCACCUGGAAGGACUGCCUGCACGCCUGCUGCUCGCAGCCGCACUGCACCGUGGCGGUGGUGCAGGAGGACCUGCGGCAGCCCGGGGACAGCCUCAGCUGCUACCUGUUCACCUGCACCUACAGGAACAAGAACGUGUGCUCGUUCGCCCCUCAGCAGGGCUUCACCACCUACAGCCGGGCCGCCAACAGCACGCAGGGACACGUCGCUGCUCCACCGGGCGGUGCGGCCAGGAGGCCCGGGGAAGGGCCGCCGGAGCAGGACGAGACCCAAGAUGUGGAUGAGCCUCCUCGCAGCGACGCCGGGCAGGACGUGGUGAUCCAGCUGCCCACAGACUGGGCCGUGCUGGACGGCCGGGACAGCGUGGACGACCAUGAAGUCAGCCGCUACGAAUGGACUCUUGUUAAAGGGGACACUGCCAUUAAUAUGAAGGCGACCCAUCCAGGGCUGCUGAAGAUCAGUGGGCUCCAGGAAGGCGUCUACACGUUCCAGAUGACUGUCACCGACACCGCAGGACAGAAGAGCUCAGACAAUGUCUCCGUCACCGUACUGGCUCCCAAACACCAAGCAGAAGUGUGCACCGGUCACUGCUCCAACUACCAGUUCAAGUGUGAUGACGGCUGCUGUAUUGACAUCACCUACGCCUGCGAUGGGAAGCAACACUGUCCAGACCGCUCUGAUGAAGACUUCUGCCCAAACUUUGACGGCAGCCGAAAAUCAGUGACCCACCCUGUGGACCCAUCCAGCCCUCAACAGCCUGCAGCCCAGGCAGAAGAGGCCAGGGACGGCUCCGUGCUCCCAGCUGGACCCAGGAAGACCAUCGUACCCUCACAGGACCGGAGCAACGCUGCUCCUCCACAAAGUCCCAGUGAGCAGGGGGCUUCAGUCAAUCAUGAUCCAUGUGCUGCAGCACCAGUGGUCGGACCCUGUAAAGGCAACUUCCCGCGGUGGUACUAUGACCAAAAUGCAGGAGAAUGUAAACACUUCCUGUACGGUGGUUGCCAAGGAAACCAUAACAACUUCCUUCAAGAAUCUGAUUGUGUCAGUGAAUGUAUACAAAAAAGUCCAGCUUUCAGGCCAGCGAGUGUAGCCCCUCCAGUCACAAAACAGACUGACAUAGUUGCUCCCAAAAUCUCCCAGAGCCAAGCAGAGAGCGACACCUCCAUCUCUAAACCAUUUCCAGUAAUGGGAGGACAUCCAGUCCCAGAGUCAGGUGCCAUCCUUCCUCUGGCACUCGGCCUGAUCAUCACCGCUCUGCUGCUGCUCAUGAUCGGCUGUCGUCUCAGACUUGUUCGUCACAAGCUGAAGAAAGCGAGACCUCUCACCACAGAGGAGUCAGAUUACCUCAUAAACGGCAUGUACCUGUAGCUGAUUAGCCAGGCAGAGAUGUGAGAAACAAAUGAGAGUGUCGCCCUCUGAGACCUGACCCAGGAUGUUCUGAAUUUGCACUCUAUAUUUCUUGCAGCCCAGUAACUCUAAUUUAUCCUCAUUUCUGGUUGGAAACAUCCAACGCUCUGCUGUCAUGAACGUUUCUGAACACCCCCACACUGAUCCCCUCUGACUGGUACAGUAAAUCUGCUGCUGAUAGACGCUGCCUCGCAGUCAGUGACACAUAUUCAGAUGCUUGUGAGUCCAUAUUUAUGUUGUCUUAAAUCUGACUAAGAAUCAGUGAUGAAAUAUCAACAUUCCUUGUUUGAAACUGAUACAUGCAUUAAGAGAGACUGUUUCAUCCCUGUUAUUGUACUUCAUUCAUUCCUGAAACACUGGUUACUUUCAUAUAACUUUUAUUUUUACUUGUGAUGUGUUGUCCUUUCCAGUGCUGCACAAAAUAUGCUGUGUUUCUGCCACUAUGUGGCACUAAUGUGCCAUAUUUUUGCUGUACAUCUCACCUGAGUUUACCUGCCUGAAGGGCAGAAACAUGAGUGUUUGAGUGCCUGUUAUAGUACCAUAGAAAUCAUCGAAAUUAUUAUUCUUAAAGUUUGCCUGAAUCAUAAAAAGCCAUAGCAAAUUCUAUUGGUCAAUUUCUAUUCUUGUCUAUAUUUUGUUGCAUAUUUUUGUUCACUAACGAAACAUAUCUGGAUGAUGUAUCGUAUAUAUUUGCGCAGAUGUAUUCCUUCAAAGUGCUGUCUUUCAUGUGGCAUAUUAAAGUUUAUUAUAUAUUUAAAAAAA